AUGUUCUGUCAAGGCAACAGAGCCGUGGCAGGUGGUGAUACUGAACUUGUGACAACACUAGUCACCGAGUUUGCUUGCAGCCAAGCAACCCCCACGGCCGUCCAGAAACGAUCCACUGCGGCUUCUCCCAAUGACUUCCCUAUCUGUACCGACCUGAAUGGCCCAUUUCGACCUUUCUGUCUUCCCAAGGAUGGUACCGAGGUGACAGUCGAUGCGACGUACUAUGUGACUUGGAAUGCCGACUUUUAUCCUUUGAAUGCCAUUAUCACCAUCGAGCUGAGAUAUCUGAACUCCUCCGAGGGCGACUCGGCAUACACAUCCGAGAGGAUUGACAACAGCUACGGCUAUACCCAUAUCCACAUGCGCGAAGAUUGGCUUCAAGGGAAACAGCGGAAUGCUUUGACACUCUAUAUCAUUGAGCUAGAUGCUGUGUCAGACAAGCGAGCCAGUAUUCGACAAGGACCGACCGUUUUACUCCACAUCCGACCCACGGAGCACCGCAAACCAUCGCCCCAGCUGUCAUUCAACAGACUCGCAUUGUACAUCGGUCUCCCCGUCAGCCUUGGGGUUGUGGUACUUGUGGUUGCCGGUCUGUAUUUCGGGAUGCGCGAGAGUAGACGGAUAGACCUUGGGAAUAUCAUCGGGUCUCGUGACAAAGGCUAUGGGAUCGCAAAGUCCAAGGAACAGCGCCUGGGUUCUAAGGCAGGCAAUCGCGAAGAGUCGGAAACGUCCUCGGGGUUUGGAAGAUACACAGAUGACAUUGACACUAGCAUGUCGCAAAUACUCCAGCCUGAGCAUCACGGUGAUCUAGAACAGAGUGCGAGUUUCGCAUUCAGGCGGGACUCGUCUAAGCUCAGGAGCUGGAGGGUCUGAGCCUUCCCUGUCCGAGGCGUACAACCUUAUGGAUCAUUUGACAGCGAACUGUGGGUCAAUGUAUGCAGAAAAGAUCCCGCAUCGCUGCGAGAUUGACCUUAUGAUCUCAAUCCGAGUCUAUCUUGAAGAGACGGACCUCGAUAGCUUUGUGUCUGAUGUUCGGUGCUAAGUCUAAAGGAGGUUGGAUUGGUAGGAUAAGACAAGUGGGGAUUAUAUAUAGUUAUCAAUGCUUCGGCGUCUCUGUUUUCCACGCUUCAUGCGGAAAGGGUGCGUGCAAUUGAAAGUAUACAUCCAAGAUAGCCAGCUGUUUACUCUACGCAUCUAUACGUAGCUGCGUAGUAGAUAC